GCUGUACCUCCAUCCCUACCGGAGCGAUGCCAACCUCUGCUUAGCACCCCAGACAAAGGGAUGGGGCAUCCCCCCACCUCCAGCACCCCGUUGCCCCCUGCUGUCCUGGCUCCCCUGGCCUGUGGGAGCCCGUGGUGAUGUGAGCAGGGCCCCGAACCCCACAGCCCCCAGCGCCCGCCCCACCAGGCACCGCUGGCACCCCCCCCGCCAUGAUGUGUGAGGUGAUGCCCACCAUCAGCGAGGGGGACCCUCUGGGGCCCCCCCAGGGCUCGGAGGCUGAUGCUGACUUCGAGCAGCUGAUGGUGAACAUGCUGGAUGAGAGGGACAAGCUGCUGGACACGCUGCGGGAGACACGCGAGACGCUGUCGGUCACCCAGAGCCGCCUGCAGGAGACGCUCCGGGAGCGGGACCAGCUCCAGAGGCAGCUCAACUCGGCCCUCCCUCAGGAGUUUGCGACGCUGACGCGGGAGCUCAGCGCGUGCCGGGAGCAGCUCCUGGAGCGCGAGGAGGAGAUCUCGGAGCUGAAGGCCGAGCGCAACAACACCCGGCUCCUGCUGGAGCACCUGGAGUGCCUGGUGUCCCGGCAUGAGCGCUCCCUCAGGAUGACCGUGGUCAAGCGGCAGGCCCAGUCCCCGUCCGGGGUCUCCAGCGAGGUCGAGGUGCUCAAGGCUCUCAAGUCACUCUUUGAGCAUCACAAGGCUCUGGAUGAAAAGGUCAGGGAACGCCUGAGAGCAGCCUUGGAGCGAGUGGCCACCUUGGAGGAGCAGCUCGUGGAUGCCCACCGGCAGGUGGCAGCUCUCCAGCAGGGUGCCUUGCGGGAGGUCCCGGCGGGAGAGCGGGAUGAGCCCAAGGAACCAGCCCCAAAGCUUCCCUGGAAGCGACUCUCCAACGGCUCCGUGCACCCCGAUGACGAGGCCGGGCGGGUGGUGGAACUGCAGGAGCUCCUGGAGAAGCAGAACUUCGAGGUGGUCCAGGCCAAGGAGCGCAUCUCUGCUCUGGCUGCCAGCGUGGCCGAGCUGGAGGAGGACCUGGGCACCGCCAGGAAGGACCUCAUCAAAUCCGAGGAGAUGAGCAGCAAGUACCAGAGGGACCUGCGAGAGGCCCUGGCACAGAAAGAGGACAUGGAGGAGAGGAUCACCACGCUGGAGAAGCGCUACCUGGCAGCCCAGAGAGAGGCCACCUCCAUCCAUGACCUCAACGACAAGCUGGAGAACGAGUUGGCCAACAAGGAGUCCCUGCACCGCCAGUGCGAGGAGAAGGCCCGGCACCUGCAGGAGCUGCUGGAGCUGGCGGAGCAGAAGCUGCAGCAGACGAUGCGCAAGGCGGAGACGCUGCCCGAGGUGGAAGCGGAGCUGGCCCAGCGCAUCGCUGCCCUCACCAAGGCAGAAGAGAGGCACGGGAGCAUCGAGGAGCAUCUCCGGCAGCUGGAGACCCAGCUGGAGGAGAAGAACCAGGAGCUGGCCAGGGCCCGGCAGAGGGAGAAGAUGAACGAGGAGCACAACAAGCGGCUCUCGGACACCGUGGACCGGCUGCUGAGCGAGAGUAACGAGCGGCUGCAGCUGCACCUCAAGGAGAGGAUGGCAGCCCUGGAGGAGAAGAACACAUUGUUACAAGAGCUGGAAAACACCCAAAAGCAGAUAGAGGAACACCAGCACGACAAGCGGCGAUUGUCGGACGAGAUUGACAAGCUGAGGCUGGAGGUGGAUCAGCUCAAGACCAGAAGUGGGACCUUCGUGGAGAGUGUUCACUCCAGGUCCCACAUGGGCAGUGCCACAGACCUGCGCUUCCCGCUGGGCACCGUGGUCCACGCGCCCGCCGAGGCCUUCGGAGCAGCCCCGGGGCUGCCCCGGGCACAGAAGGGCCGGUUCGGUGCCAGGAGAGAGGAACCAGCCAAGGACUGGGAGCAGGCCCAGGCAGGAGCUGUCCUGGCCACGGGGCCCCACAGUUUCGACAGCGACCCCGACAUCUCGGACGUGGACGAGGAUGACCGCGAGACGCUCUUCAGCUCCAUGGACGUGCUGUCCCCUGGAGGGCACUCGGAUGCCCAGACCUUGGCCAUGAUGCUCCAGGAGCAGCUGGAUGCCAUCAAUGAGGAGAUCAGGAUGAUCCAGGAGGAGAAAGAAUCCACCGAGCUGCGUGCGGAGGAGCUGGAGACACGCGUCACGAGUGGCAGCAUGGAGGGCCUCAACCUCACCCAGCUCUGCAAGAGGGCCUCCAUCCCCACCUCUCUGACUGCCCUGUCCUUGGCCAGCUCGUCCCCGCCCCUGAGCGGCCGCUCCACGCCCAAGCUCAGCUCCCGCAGCGCCGCGCAGGACCUGGACCGCAUGGGGAUCAUGACGCUGCCCAGCGACUUGAGGAAGCACCGGAGGAAACUGCUA